AUGCCUAUUUCUGUACGACGUGUUAAAAUCACAGACCUUAAUGAAAUGCAGCAAACAAACUUAUCUUGCUUAGCUGAGAAUUAUCACAUGUGGUUUUGGCUCUAUCACUACUUAAUUUAUCCAGCUUCAUCACAUUGCGCUGUUGACUCAUUAAAUCAUAUACUUGGAUACGUUCUUAGUAAAAUGGAUGAUGAUUCUCGUCGCAAAAACCCUAACGAACCUCUCCACGCUUUAAUGACUUCCGUGGCCGUAUACAAUGGUUAUCGAAAGCUUGGUCUUGCUAAGCAAUUAAUGCUUUCAUCACAAAGAGAAAACCAAUUAUGCUACAAAGCUGAAUAUGUUCUGCUUCACGUCAGAGAAACAAAUAGAGCCGGACAUCUUUUAUACGAAAAUUCACUUGGCUACGUUAAAAACCAGGUUUGCAAAGAAUACUACGUAGAUGGAGAAGAUGCUUGGUCCAUGAAACUCGUUCUUCCAAAAACUGAAGCUCAAUUAGCAGAAGAAGCUGCAAAGAAAGCAGCAAGUUCACAACCUAGAAAGCCAAAGAAGGGUGGACGAAGGUAA